CACCAGUCGCCUUCUGCCUGUGUUUCCACUGCGGUCCCCCACGACGACCUCAACGGCCGGCAGAGGUGGACACGGCAGCCAGUGCUUGGUCGCGGACGGAUCGCGGUACUGACAACCGCCCAGAUCAGCCAUCAGCAGAGGACUUCCGGCGCCUUGAACAACGGCAACCAAGUCCAUCCGUCGCAAAUGGCGCCCCGAUAUGACGAGGCUCCCGAGGCUGUUCCUCACAACUACCCCGAAGUCCACCACCCGCCAAGUGCCCCCGAGACAGUAACAUACAGUGAGGCGCCAACAUCGCCCGUCGGCUACUUCAAGCCUGAACACGGCACGCUAUAUUCGGGAUAUCCCUCAAGCCCGGCGUUCUCUCCAAAUGUCGCGCCCUCCUCAACUUUCGGCUACAACCAGGCGUCGACCUACGGCCACAGCACGACACCUCCGCCGGACACCAAGCAGAGACGAUACCCUUUCGGCUGCCAGCUGAUUGUUUUCGUGCUAUCCGUCAUCAUCGCCAUUCUAUCAGUCGCGGUGAUUGGUCUUGCUGCCGGGACAGGCAUUGCCUCAAGCAGGGCCAACCAGGCGGAAUCAGCUCUUGCAUCUGCCAGCGCCGCUCUGGCUCAGGCAACUGCGCCUCCCGACCCGCUGGACUUCAGCAAGAUUGAUAAAGGCUGUUCCCUGCACCCGGGGACCGUGACGGGGACUACAUAUACCUCAACGUUUUUUGGCUUGGCCAACUUCAGGAUCUCGUGCAACGCCAAUGCACCCAAUGCACCCCUGAUAGGCCUCUUUGUCGGCAACUUUGACGAUUGCAUUGAUGCAUGUGCUUCAUGGUCUAUAACUGUGCCGAAGCUCUCCGGAAAUUCAACGUCGAACUCGACGACAGUAUGCGCAGGUGUCAGUUUUAUUCCAUACUGGACAAAUCGGACAAUUGCUACCAAGGGGACGGCACCAGGGAAUUGCUAUCUGAAGCCUGGACCGCAGGCUUCGGGUGAUCUGGAAUCUCCAAACAUUGGUGGUCAGGCCGUACAUGCUGCCCAGCUCAUCCCGAAAUGAGGUGCCAUCGGGCCAUGAGGAUGCGCCUCUUCAUCCACAUUUACAUUUGCUCCUACUCAGCAAGAUGACGAAAAUACCAUGACGGAGUUAACAAGGCGUUGGAAGGUUUGGGCAUAAAGGGAAAAGUCUGGGUUGCGCCUUCUAGGACACGUACGACCUGGACGUGCUCGUGGGUUCGCUUUCUUUCGGAUUGACUGUAACAUGGACGAGCAAGCACCGGGGCAGUUUUGUACAUUUCAGCGUAUACAAGUCUAUCGCAGCUUAUACAUACCUCUUGACUUUGCUGAGCGGUCAAAAUCAAUGCGAAGAAACGCGCAGUGAGUUCCUGCCUGCGGCUC